CAACCUGUCUGACACGGAUAGCAGCGAGAAACUCUCCAACGCUGUUGAACGGUUCAAUCGUUUCAUCGAGUCGCUCACAGUGGGUCUCAAGGCGGCUUUAGGUAGCCUGGAAGGACCGCCAUUACAUGGCCUACCUUGGAAACUUCUGCGACAGUUUGAGAAGAACCUUCUUCAGGAUCUGCAUUGGAGGAAGAAGACCCUCCUCACUGUCCUUGCCGAUGCCUGCGACUCAGACAACGACGUUGCUAAGCCUGUGUACCUCUUCCCCAAGUCAUUUGUCAAUGAGAACUCAACGCCGGCCAACGGCGCGGCACCUCAGGCCGCAUCCGCGAUACAACAGGACGCGGCAGCAGAAUCGACAGCGGACUCGCCACAAGACUCGGUUGCCACGGAAGCAAACAAGGCGGAUACCGUAAAUGUGCAAGCUGUGCGUAACUUUGUUCUACGCCUGACCUGUCUGUUAGAGCGAUCACUUGAGGCGAUCGUGGGAUUGGUAGCUCGUGAGCUCAAGACCGCGGAGUCUACGGACCUUCUGAACACCGUUCAGUGCUUCCUAGCAGAAUCGGUUGUAAACAGCCUGGAACCGCCUCGACUGUCCUACCUGUUUCACCCAAUGGACUUCUCGUUCCUUGGCUCCAAGCAGACUAACCGUGAGGCAGUGACCUGCGGCAUGCUGCAGUCCAAGUUCGCUCAGGAACUAGUCACUCAGAGGUCCGCUGUGCUCGGGCUACUGGCCACUUGUCCUCCGAUGCUGGACCCUGAACGAUGGACUCUC